CCAGCAGAAAGUCUUUCUGGUGAUUGUCCAGGUCCUGCGUAAUAUCUGAGAACUAGUCUCGGGUACGACCACAUUAAUGAGCAUGGAGUAAAUCCAUGUCUCCUUGGGGGGAGGGGAAGGGAGGGGAAGGGAGGAUGUCAGCCUGGAAUCAUGAGAUGUCACAGAAGGCAACAUGCUCUCGAACCAGUGCAGCUCAUGAACAAACAAAAACAGAUUUCUAUGGAAUUCCUAGUACAGAACAGACCACGCUGCUCGCCGUCGCGAGUGCUGGACCGCAUACACUCCGGAUUCCCGGCCUUUCCACCGGAUCGUGUACAAUGCUGCCACCGUCUCCUCCAAUACGUCGAGUCUUCUCCUGGGCCACAUCUUUUCGGCAAAGCCGCCGGACGCGAAAACUGUGCAGCUCUGGAAUCUGGUUCCCCUCCCUGCGCUUCUAGAAGUACAUGCUGCCAUGAUUGUUCUCCGACUGUACCUGGAUUGAAGACGUAACCCGUCGAGGAUGGGGAGGAGGGGGAGGGGGUGUGUGAGAAGUGUUUCUUCGGAUUGAGAAGCUUAGUGCCAUGUUGCUGGACUCGACUGUGCGUGUGCACUUUGGUUUGACUCCAUUCUCUGGGCAUGUGCUUAACAAGGUCAAGCUUCUGACAGCAUGACCCAAGUCAUGCUGUCAGAAGAGAGACCUAUAAGAUGGAGUCCAGGUCUGGGAUCAGAAAGUCUUCCAGCUGCAAGUGGCUAUCAUCGUUGCCCUCUCUGCAGAUUGAGGAGUUCUCUUGAGAGGGGGUGUGGAUGGACUUCUAUUUGUAUGAUCCUCUCCUUUCAAAUGUCUGCAGAAGAGCAGCCGAAGAGGUGUUCUGUGAACAGGUUUGAAGACUUUCGGUGGAAGUCCACUUUUUCCUCACCGUCAUUAGCUGUGAGCAUUGAGAACGCAUCAAAUUCGAAUAGCAGUCAUGAACUAGUCAACAUUUCCGUAUAGACCACAAGAGGAGGUGGACGGCAAUCGAGAUUCCUUGGGGUCUCGAGUCGAGUAUGUCCCAUAAGAUUGUACUCAUCAUAUCCAGACCGACCACAUCUCUACUGGGACCGGAAGCGGGUGGCUUUCGGUUGCGAAUUCAUGAGGUGGGAAUCAUUGUACUCGACACAGCAUCUAAUCCCUCAGUACGUUGGCCAGCAAGAGAGCUUUUGAACUCGGAAUCCACCACGCGGAAUCCUUAGUACAAACAGCUGAGACGGUUACAUACUUCGCCGUACGAAGCUGCCCAAUUUCUUACUCCACUCGACAGUGCACCACUUUUCCUUACUCCGAUUGCAGGGUAUAUAAAACUGGCCACUCCAACAGAUAUGGCAAUAUAUCUCGGUUUUCGCUUCCCAUGCCACUGCAGGCAGCGCAAGCUGUGGCCUCUUAUUUCAACUUGAGAAAUAUGGGACUCAGAGAGAUGGGCUUUAGCGAGUGCCGAAACUCACAACACUUAGCACGUGCUGUCAACAACGCUCGCAUGAUCGAUAAAGGAGGACGGAUGGUGAUUUCGCCACUUGCUAUGGCUCAAAGUGCACCUUAUGCUCGUCCCUCUCACCGCAGCAGACAGCUCAUGUUGUGGCCUCUCGGUUCUGCGUCGAAGAAGAGGAUGGAGCUUGUGCCGACUAUCCCAACACUGGGCCCUCGCUGUGCAAGGCUUCUGACUCGCCAAUGGUUUGAAACAAACAUCUUACGAUCUGGACGAGAGGGCAGAAAAUUGAACUUGCCUCUGGCUGGUGCUUAGUGAGAGACAGAGAGAUCGAUCACGUCACGGAGCACGUCAAGGAGUUUGAGCAAUUUUAUCUUCAGAGGAGUGUUUAGAGUCUUUCAUCAACAGGUGGAAUCUGGCAGGGAUGGAUGUAUUGUGAAGCGUACACAUCUUCUGAUCUGGUUCCACCCAGUCGAUGCGGGACCCUAAGGACUCCUCGAUAGCCUCCCAAUAUGAUGGAACUGCAGUCGUGAGUGAGCACGAGGACGGGAAUCUGCAAAGUAAAUUGGUCUGCACAUACUUCCUCUCUUCGCCGUCAACAAAAUGCAGUCUCUGCGUCCAAGAUUUUUGCAGAUGCUCGAAAUGUGCGUUUUGGUAAGAUUUUCUGACUUUGAUCUUCGAUGGGAUGUCUCAAUCAAGACAUUAACAGAUAGAGAGAUCGUGGCAAGCUACUUCGUCCCAGUCGUGGAAACAUGUGACAAGCGUUGCAUCAGAUUCUAUGACAAGCACAGACGUGACAACACAAUGAGAACAUUCUCGUUUCUCAUUACUUUGGUCAAGCGUGCAAGAGACAAUCGUGGAUGGUCCCAUUCAUAAAACUCAGCUCGUCGUAGGCUUGAACAUUAUCGGACGACGCCUCACGUCAGAUUGAAUGUCCCAAGAUUAUCAGGUUCCAUCACUUGAGCAAUGUUGCGUCUGAUUAGUUCCAUCGGUCAAACUUCAGCUCAGUGCGCGUGUUCACACAACCUCAAUAACAACUGAUCACCACCGUAUUUCCAGAUAAGUUUGAGCUUAUGCAUGCACCUGCUUAAGAGCGAGACUGCACCAUUGUUAGGUAGUGGCACUAGGUAAGAGGGAAUCAACAAGCGAGGUCGAGGCAUUAACGGCGAGUCAAACGAUGAUUACAGUCUUCAUCCUGCUUCAUGUAGAAAUAGGAGUAGAAGUCUCGGGAAUUGUGUGAUCUCUUAGCCAUUAAGUAAUGUAUCACCUGGAAGACGGAGUUGGUAUAUAAAUAUAUACAUCGUAACUAUGUAAAUACACAAUAUCUAGAGGCCUUAAACAUUCUCACUUACCAAGGUGUCAUAAUAGGCGGUUACCAUAAUUCUUACCAGCUGAAUCCAACUUGGUCCUUCGAAAUCGGUUCAGUAUCAAAACCCACACUUCUGAUACAUCAAGCAAGGGUUUCAAUUAGUCAGCGAGACUGGCACGUGCACUCCGAAGAAGCGGACUGGGAAGUGCUCACAUACUGGCUUAUCCACCCAAAUGGUAAGGAAUAUUUGGCUCAUCUGAAUGCUAUAAAAUAUCAAUACGAGACAGAUGUGUUCUCUAAACUCCUCUCGUGUAUCGACGCAGAAAGUUUUUGAGCACGAUUUGCGCAUGUGAGUUCAUGCGCAAAGUGGGCGAAGGUCGAUAGUUGUUUACAGAUUCACGGCGUUUACGAACGUACUGUGAGGAACAUAUCCAGGGAGUUCACACAGAAGAUGUUUUUCCUAGUAGACGGCAAACUCAAGUAAGAUUUCUUCCAAUUCCGAAGUUGCAGCAGCAUUAGCAUUCAGCGGAUGCUAGCUGUCCCGUCCUUUUCUUCCAGACUAUGCAGUCCAAGUGAUACCGAAGACAACAGAAAAGAGAUGGCAUAUUUACUAUCCACAGAUGAAACACCUUCGUCUUCCAUGAGCGAUUCAGAUCUCAGGUUUCUGGUGAGACCAACCUGCUCUGUUAGCUGUCACAUUCUUGGCGAUUUAUAUUCUUCCCGGAUUAUCUGUACCACGCAGAAUAUCAUCUCAUGGCUACACUGGUGUGUGCAUCCAGCUAAACCGUUGACAUUCCUUCCAGGCUGAGCUCGUCCAUUUUGCUUGAUUGGAAUCUCAACAUGAGAAGAAUUUGGCGUCAGAUCUGUAUGGUGACUCGGAGUUUAACGUCACCUCAGUAGCCAUAGCCGGCCUGCGACAACGGGUUGUGAUAGGCAUGCACAUCUUCUAUUCCUCUAGAGAAGCCGAUAGGUUAUACAACAUGCUACAGAAAGUUGUAUGAUUUCACACUCGACUUCACGUCAAGAAGUUGAAUAAAAAUCUUAUACGUGCACGUACUUUUAUCGUGCCUACUUAAUACUGCUGUAGAGUUUGUUGAUGUGUUUACAGGCAAGUCCUCUGGUAGCUUGAAAUAUCUAUCUUGAGAUCCUUCAACCUUGGCCGCAAAUGUGCGUCAAAAUGCACUUCCUUACGAAGGUACCUGUCGAAGACGAUUUCUUUUCUUUUAUUAUCGAAUUUAAUAUGUAUAUUAAUAUGUAAUUUAAUAUGAUAGAAUUUGAAGAAGUGGGCAUACAGCAAUAUUGCAGAAAGCAGGGGAAGAACAAAUCUACUCUUACGUCGAUACCCAGCAAACGGGUAACAUGGGGCUAGGGCCCAAAAGUAUUUGCUCCACGACACUCGGGACUUAUAUAUUGCUUUGCACGGAAUGAUGCUUCAUUUGAAUUCAUCUCGAGGUCAGCUGGAUGCGUUCAGAGUUAGUGAAUAUACAAGCCUCACAAACUAGUAUUGGG